CCCCCCCCCUUUUUUUUUUCCCUCUCUCCUUUUUUUUUUUUUUUUUUUUUAUGCAAACGCCGGGCGAGGAUUGUUGCACAUUGUUGCAAAAGCAAAGAGCAAUAAAAAACACGGCGAAAGCGGCGGGAGCGCGGGGCGGCGGCGGCGGCCGGCGGUGCCGCUUGGGGAGCGGCGGAGGCUGGCGGCGGACCCCGGCGCUCAGAGCCCGGCUGAUUGGAAGAGAAAACGCAGCGCCAUGGAGGCGGGGGAAAGCGCGAUCGUCUCUGCGGGGACUGGAGCGCGUCCACGCCCGGGGCCAGCGCUGCAGAGCUGGCCGCCGUUCAACCGCCGCUUCCCCGCCCCGGCCCCGCCGAGCGAGCCCCGGCCCCGCCGAGCCCCGGCCCCCCAAAGCCGCCGGGCCGCAGAGCCGAGCGGGAGUGAUCUCCGGUAGCGCGCGAGGGAGCCGGCGGGGACCGUCCUGGGCGCAGGCAGGUGGAGGAUGAACGGCGAAGCCGAGUGCCCUGCAGACUUGGAAAUGACAGCUCCCAAAAACCAAGACCGCUGGUCUCAGGAGGACAUGCUGACUCUGCUGGAGUGCAUGAAGAAUAACCUGCCCUCCAACGACGGGAGCAAGUUCAAAACCACCGAGUCCCACCUGGAUUGGGAGAAAGUGGCUUUCAAGGACUUCUCGGGGGAGAUGUGCAAGAUGAAGUGGAUGGAGAUUUCGAACGAGGUGAGGAAGUUUCGGACCCUCACAGAACUCAUUAUGGACGCUGAAGAGCACGUGAAGAAUCCUUACAAGGGCAAAAAGCUCAAGAAACACCCCGACUUCCCCAAGAAGCCCCUGACUCCCUAUUUCCGCUUCUUCAUGGAGAAGCGGGCCAAAUAUGCCAAGCUUCACCCUGAAAUGAGCAACCUGGAUCUCACCAAGAUCCUGUCCAAGAAAUACAAGGAGCUUCCCGAGAAGAAAAAGAUGAAAUACAUCCAGGACUUCCAGCGAGAGAAGCAGGAGUUUGAGAGGAACCUGGCGAGGUUCAGGGAAGAUCACCCGGAUCUCAUCCAGAACGCCAAGAAAUCUGACGUCCCUGAAAAACCCAAGACCCCCCAGCAGCUGUGGUAUAACCACGAGAAGAAGAUCUACUUGAAAGUGCGUCCAGAUGUGAGUACGGCCACCACGAAGGAGGUGAAAGAGUCGCUGGGCAAGCAGUGGUCUCAACUCUCGGAUAAAAAGAGGCUGAAAUGGAUUCAUAAGGCCCUGGAACAGCGGAAGGAGUACGAGGAGAUCAUGCGUGACUACAUCCAGAAGCACCCCGAGCUGAACAUCAGCGAGGAGGGCAUCACCCGCUCCACCCUCACCAAGGCUGAGCGCCAGCUCAAGGACAAGUUUGAUGGACGACCCACAAAGCCCCCUCCGAAUAGCUACUCCCUGUACUGUGCAGAGCUGAUGGCCAACAUGAAAGACGUGCCCAGCACCGAGCGGAUGGUGCUGUGCAGCCAGCAGUGGAAACUGCUCUCCCAGAAGGAAAAGGACGCGUACCACAAAAAGUGUGAUCAGAAAAAGAAAGACUAUGAGAUUGAGCUCCUCCGCUUCCUGGAGAGCCUGCCCGAGGAGGAGCAGCAGCGGGUGCUUGGUGAGGAGAAGAUGCUGGGCAGCAACCGGAAAGGGGCGACGAGUCCUGCCUCCAAAAAGUCCUCACCAGAGACUGGCAAGGCCAGCUCAGAGAAGCCCAAACGGCCCAUCUCCGCCAUGUUCAUCUUCUCGGAGGAGAAGCGGAAGCAGCUGCAGGAGGAGCGGCCGGAGCUGUCGGAGAGCGAGCUGACCCGGCUCCUGGCCCGCAUGUGGAAUGACCUCUCCGAGAAGAAGAAGGCCAAGUACAAAGCGCGGGAGGCGGCGAUGAAGGCACAGUCGGAGAAAAAGCACGGCUCAGAUAAAGAGGAGCGUGGGAAGCUGCCUGAGUCUCCCAAGACGGCCGAGGAGAUUUGGCAACAGAGCGUCAUCGGAGACUACCUGGCUCGUUUCAAGAAUGACCGGGGGAAGGCACUGAAGGCCAUGGAGGCCACUUGGAACAACAUGGAGAAGAAGGAGAAGCUGAUGUGGAUCAAGAAGGCGGCGGAGGAUCAGAAGCGAUACGAGAGGGAGCUGAGCGAGAUGCGGGCCCCUCCAUGCUCCACCAACUCCGCCAAGAAAAUGAAGUUCCAGGGAGAGCCGAAGAAACCUCCUAUGAACGGUUACCAGAAGUUCUCCCAGGAGCUGCUGUCGAACGGGGAGCUGAACCACCUCCCGCUGAAGGAGCGGAUGGUGGAGAUCGGCAGCCGCUGGCAGCGCAUCUCCCAGGGCCAGAAGGACCACUACAAAAAACUGGCAGAGGAGCAGCAGAAACAGUACAAGGUGCACCUCGACAUCUGGCUCAAGAGCCUCUCACCCCAGGAGCGGGCUGCCUACAAGGAACACACUUCCAAUAAACGCAAGAGCAUAGGGAAGAUCCGGGGCCCCAACCCCAAGAUGAAGCCAACGAUGCAGUCCAAGUCGGAGUCAGAGGACGACGACGAGGAGGAAGAGGAGGAGGAAGAUGACGACGAAGAUGAGGAUGACGACGAUGACAACGGUGACUCGUCAGAAGAGGGUGGCGACUCCUCGGAGUCCAGCAGCGAGGAGGAGAGUGAGGACGGGGACGAGUGUGAAUGCCGAGUAAGUCACCAGAGUCAAAGUUUUACACCGGUGCAACUGAAAUCAGAGUAUGCUGGAUGGCGCUGGGGCCAGAAACCGUGUCCGUGCCUUGUGCUCGCCACCGGACAGAACGAUGAGGAUGAUGAAGACGAGGAUGAUGAGGAUGAGGAUGACAACGACUCGGAGGGCAGCAGCAGUUCCUCCUCCUCCUCGGGGGACUCCUCUGACUCCGACUCCAACUGAUCCGGCCAAGCUCUUAGUAACGUCGUUUGGUUUCUCGGUUUCGGUCCCGAAUCCCCUCUCCAGCCCCCCGAAACCCCUUCCUCCUCUUCCUCCCGCUCCCCCCCGGCGAGCUGCAGCCCCCCCGUGGGACCCCCCCAAUGCGGGGAGCGGGGGCCGGAGGUACCCCUCCGCCGAGCUCACACUACGGAGGGGGAGCCGGGGGUCACUCCCCCCUGGGCCAGGGGGAGGGGAGGGGGCGAGCCCCCCCAUCCCUCCCACCCCCCCUUUUUACUCUCCCCUUACUGAGGGAGGGGAAGCGAUUAUUAUUUUCUUAUUUUUUUUUGAGAUUUCAUUAUUUUCGGAGGGCCACCCUGUCCUCACCCCCUUCACACCCUCAUUACCAGCUCUGGACUUUAUAGAAAGAAAACAAAAAAACACAGGAAAAAAAAAAAACAAAAAAACAAACUACUCCCCCUCCCCCUUUUUUUUUAUUAAAAUACCCACAAAUGGACCCCCCCACCCCGCGCAGACCCUCUCAUCCCGCCCCAGGCAGCGGGCUUGGAGCAUGAGCCGAGUUGCUCAGGACUCAGCCGUUGGGACAAUGUCUCUUUCUCCCCCUUCCACCUCUUCUCUGCGCCCCCUCCCGGCAUCUCGGGGUGCCCCCACCCCCACCCCCCAAAAAAACCAACUCACAAACCAAACCCCUUGUACAGUCUGGAAGCUGCACCGGGAGCUCACCGGGACCUCCGCAUCCACGGCACUUGGGAGCGCCGGCCACGGACCGUGACCACCCGGCGUGUCCCCGUGGGGGGGUGGGGGGGGUGGGGGGCGAUACGGAUGGAUUUGGGGGGGGGGGGGGGGUUGGUUGGGGGGGGGGGGGGGGGGGCGUGCGUGUGUGUGCGAGCGUGCAAGCGUGUGUGCCAGGGCGGGGGGGGCACCCGGGGCCGCGGCACGCGCGGCUCCCCCCUGCCCGGGGGUCCCGGCUGCUCAGCGUGACCAAGGGGGGGGGGGGGGGGGGGGGCGCGGGGGUGCUGCCGAAGCGCCCCUCUGUGUUGUCGGUGGUUGUUGUGCCGUUGUAUUUUAUUUUAUUUUUUUUUCUCCUUUUUAUAAAACAAGAAAGAUUCAUCUUUUAUUUUUUUCUUCCCUCCCCCCCCAUUCCCUCCACAUCCCCCCCCCCCCCCCCGCCCCCCUAUCUCCAGUGAAGCUGCUCCUCUCCCUUCGCCCCAAACCCCUGGGGGACCAGUGCUCCCCUCAUCCCAGUUACCCCCAGUUUGCCCCCCCCCCCAGCCAUGCUGUAAAUAUUGGUGCGGUUAGGGUUUAUUUUGGGGGAGGGAGGGUCGAUGCCCCCCUCCCCGGGAGGGGGAUGGGGCCGUGGGGACCGGGGUGGGUGCGUGGGGGGGGGGUGUCUGGCGGCACCUGUCUGGGCCACCCCCCCCCCCUUUUUUUUUAAGCAGACACGAGCACCAGCAAUCCCACGGCACCUCCCUGCAGGGUUCCUGUCCCCCCACCCUGUCCCCCCCCCCAAAAAAAAUUCCCAGUAUGAUUAGGGACCCCCCCGAACCCCACUCUGGCUGGGGGUGCACAAGGUUUGUCCCUUCUGGUCUCCCCUGGCCCUGGGGGACAGGAUUUGGGGGGGCCCCAGGGAAGGAGGUGGGGGGCACCUGCCCCCCCCCCCCCCCCCCCCGGCUGGGAAGGGGAGGCUGGGGGGGUUUUCUCUCUCAUGUGCUUUAAUUUGGCCAUUUUUCUCUUCAGCCAAAUCUCAGCUCAGUGGGGGGGGGCAGAAAGGGGGGCCAGUGGGGUCCCACCCCCCCACAGUCACGACCCCCCCAGGUUAGCUGAUCUCAGCACCCCAAAUCCGGCCCCCCCAAGACCAUCAGUCACCCCAAAACACAACCGGUGCCCCCCUCAAUGCUGGGGGGGGAUGUGUGACACCCCCUGUCGCAGCCUCUUGCCUCAAAUCGGGCUGAAAAACCAUCGUUUUGGGGAAAACGACCCCAAGCCCGGGGUGGGGUGGGGGGGUAAACCCGGGUGCCCCCGCACGGACAAUCCCCCCGCGUCCCCCUGGGACCGGGGCCCCGAAGAGAACCUGGCCGGUGUGUGUGUGUGUGUGUGUGUGUGUGUGUGUCCCCAGUGUCUGUCUGUCCAUCCCUCUGGCCCCUUCCCCCCCCUCCCCCCCCAUUUGGGAUUUUCCUUUAAUUUUCUUCCCAAUUUUUAAUUCCCCCCCCCAUCCCCUAAGGGGAAACCCGUCCCUUUUUCUGCUGAAUGUACCCAGCACCGUCGUGUUUUAGUGGAUGUGUUUUUAGUACAAAAAAAAGACAAAAAAAACCCCAACCUUUUUUUUUUUCCUUUUUUCUGUUUAAAAAAAAAAUAAUAAAAAUGAAAAAUUCUUACAGCGCCGACAAUUGGGGGAAAAGGCGUUUGCGCUGCAAGAGAAUUGAACCUGAGUGCAUUUUGGCACUGCCACAAAAACCCGGGAUCCUUUAGAUGGAAGUUCUUGUGAAUUACAUUAAAAAAAAAAAAAAACACCAAAAAAAAAAA